GUGCGUUCCCUGCGCGGUCCAAGUUUUUAUUGUUUAAAAUUACGAUCACUACUCGUUUAUCGUUUUCUUUGUUUGGUGAAAUAUAUUUAAUUGUUCUCCAUCAUGUCGAGCCCGGCAAGAUCAACCCGCAGUCGCCGAGGGGUCGAUAGUUCGCAGGAAAAUACACAGCAAACACCACAGAAGCAGACAACUUCUAAUAGCGAAACGGAAACCCCGCUGCGCAUGGGAACCCAAAUGCCCCAGAAUGGCGCAAGCGUGGUGCUGGAAAGUUCGGACCACGUAGUGGUACCGACGUCGCCGGCGGCGGAUGCACCGAUCGUGCAGGCCACAAGCCCUUACGCCCGCGCUGUCGGCAUGAGCGAAAUCGACAUGAGUUCUCCGCUCAACUAUGGGACGCCAAGUUCGAUGGGAUCGAUUCGUACGCCCCGUUCCGGUGUGCGUGGUACACCGAUGCGGACGCGUCCGGAUUUGCGCGUGGACAAGUUCCCCCGGCAGGUGAAUGUGGGCAGCUCGGACGCUCGAAUGGACCCGAUUGCCGAAGAAAGCCAGCAGUCGGCUGGUGACCAGCAGGCCGCCGGACCCCGAUUGGUGGUUUGGGGCACGAAUGUGGUCGUCACCGAGUGUAUGGCCAAGUUUAAGCAGUUCAUAAUGCGCUACAUCGAUCCGGAUGCGGCACAGGAUGAGCUGACCGAAGGAAUCAAUCUUAAUGAACCGUUGUACAUGCAAAAGCUGGAGGAGUGUCAUACACUUGAGGAACCAUACUUUAACUUCAACUGCGCCCAUUUGAAAACGUUCGAUGAGACGCUGUACCGUCAAUUGAUCUGUUAUCCACAAGACGUUAUUCCUGCACUUGACAUCGCCGUGAAUGAAAUGUUCUUUGAACGAUACCCUGCGGCUAUUCUGGAUCACCAAAUUCAAGUACGUCCGUUCAACGCGGACAAGACACGCAACAUGCGUGCACUGAACCCGGAAGACAUCGAUCAGAUCAUCACGAUCAGUGGAAUGGUAAUCCGCACGUCGAAUAUUGUGCCCGAAAUGCGCUGCGCGUUUUUCAAGUGUUCGAUCUGCAGCUUCACCGCCGCCGUCGAGCUCGAACGGGGACGCAUUGCGGAGCCAACGCUUUGCUCGCACUGCAACACAAACCACUGCUUCCAGCUGAUUCAUAACCGGUCCCAGUUUGCCGAUCGUCAGCUGAUCAAGCUGCAGGAAUCACCGGAUGAUAUGGCGGCCGGGCAAACGCCGCACAACGUGCUACUGAUGGCGCACGAAGAUCUGGUCGAUAAGGUUCAGCCCGGUGACCGGGUGACCGUGACGGGCAUCUACAAGGCAAUGCCGAUACAGGAAAAUCCCCGCCAGUCGAGCAUGAAGUCGAUAUACCGAACGCACGUGGAUGUGCUGCACUUCCGGAAGGUCGACAACAAGCGCCUGUACGAGGAGGAAGAGGGCAAGGAUCACAUGUUCCCGCCGGAACGUAUCGAGCUGUUGAAGCGUAUUUCCGAGAAACCGGACGUGUACGAUCGCUUGGUGCGCUGCAUUGCGCCAUCGAUCUACGAAAAUACCGACAUUAAGAAGGGCAUUUUGCUGCAGAUGUUCGGUGGGUCGAAAAAGAAGCAGGCCACCUCGGGGCGGCAAAAUUUCCGUGCCGAAAUCCACAUCCUGCUGUGUGGUGAUCCGGGCACGUCGAAAUCCCAGCUGCUGCAGUACGUGUAUAAUCUUGUGCCGCGCACGCAGUACACGUCCGGGCGUGGUUCUUCCGCCGUCGGUUUGACCGCGUACGUUACGAAAGAUGCCGAAACUCGCCAAUUGGUGCUGCAAACUGGCGCGUUGGUUCUGGCCGACAAUGGAGUGUGCUGUAUCGAUGAAUUCGACAAGAUGAACGAUUCGACGCGCAGCGUGCUGCACGAAGUGAUGGAACAGCAAACGCUCAGCAUUGCCAAGGCUGGGAUUAUCUGCCAGCUGAACGCACGAACAUCUAUUCUGGCCGCAGCCAAUCCAUCCGAGUCGCAGUGGAACAAGAACAAAACGAUCAUCGAUAAUGUGCAGCUUCCGCACACGCUCAUGUCUCGGUUCGAUCUGAUCUUUCUGGUACUGGAUCCGCAGGACGAGGUGUUCGAUCGGCGCCUUGCGACACAUUUGGUUUCGAUGUACUACGCCACACGGGAAGAGAACGAAGAUACCUUAGUGGACAUGAGUGUGUUGCGUGAUUACAUCGCUUACGCAAAAGAACACAUCAACCCGGUCCUCUCGGAGGAAGCACAGCAACGACUCAUUCAAGCGUACGUCGACAUGCGAAAGGUAGGUGCGGGUAGGGGACAAAUUUCGGCCUACCCUCGCCAGCUGGAAAGUCUGAUCCGACUGGCGGAGGCUCACGCUAAAGUGCGCCUGAGCGAAACCGUCGACGUGGUCGACGUUGAGGAAGCGUGGCGCCUUCACCGGGAGGCACUGAAGCAAUCGGCUACCGAUCCGCUUUCGGGUAAAAUUGACGUCGGCAUUCUUACGACGGGACUGUCUAGUGCGGCGCGCAAGAAGCGUGCGGAGCUGGUGGCCUCAAUCAAAUCGAGCCUUAAAUCGAAGGGCAAGAUCUCCACCAUUCCCUACCAGAAAUUGUUUGGUGAAAUUAAAGAGGCUUCUCAAGUGCUUAUCACCAAGGAGCAGUUUGAGGAUGCCCUCAAGGAACUGCAAGAUGAAGGGGUAAUAGUAAUCGUCGGUAACAAUACGAUUCGAGUUUGUUAAGUGUGUUGCGUCGAUUAAUGGAUUUUUUAAACUUAAGUUUCUACUUUUUACUCAUACUUUAACUGUUUUUCUCUUUACUAUUAAUCUCCACAAUAAAAUGGUAGUAUUGAAAUG